GCACCGCGCUCGCACGUUUCUGUGCUCAGCCCUGUCCCCCCUCCUCCCGACUCACUUAGUUGAAAGGAGAAAAAAAAAUAAUAAAGUCAAUUAUACAACGUUUUGCUGUCCACCCCCGCCUCCCCCUCUCACCUCUCUCUCCCUCUCCAGCCGUUACUACCCGCCGCCUUUCUCCACAUGCGGUGGAGUGCUGGGCCCCGGCGGACCGGCUCCAGCCAUGUCGGCGAGCAAUGCAGCGGCUGGCGGCGGUGACAGACCGACGGGGGAAGAGACAGGGGAUGCGUUGGAGGGCAGACUCCAGAGUCACUCUGUCUCCAUUUCCAGUCUGGUGACCCCCCCUUCAGCCGCUGGCAUGGCUUCUGGCAUGGAGCUGCCGAGGAAACGAAAGGGCAGCAUGGACAACAAGGAAACAAAAUCUGCAUCGAUGCUGGAUGAAGAUAUGGAGGAUGAACAUGAAAGGUCAGAAGGGGAUGAUCAACAUGUGAAAAUUAAGUGUUUCAGGGAACCUCACAGCCAAAUUGAGAAAAGGCGACGGGACAAGAUGAAUAACCUGAUUGAUGAGCUGUCGGCAAUGAUUCCCACCUGUAACCCAAUGUCCCGCAAGCUCGACAAACUCACUGUGCUGCGCAUGGCUGUGCAACACCUCAAAUCACUCAAAGGUGCAACCAGCUCCUUUGCAGAAGCCAAUUACAAGCCUUCAUUCCUCCCGGAUGAUGAACUCAAGCACCUUGUCCUCAGGGCUGCUGAUGGAUUUCUCUUUGUGGUUGGCUGUGACAGAGGGAAAAUAGUCUUUGUUUCAGAGUCUGUCUCGAAGAUACUUAACUACAGUCGGCCAGAGCUGAUUGGUCAGAGCUUGUUUGACUAUGUUCACCCCAAGGACAUCGGAAAAGUAAAGGAGCAGCUUUCGGCCUCUGAACUCUACCCACGGGAACGCCUUAUAGACGCCAAAACGGGACUGCAGGUGCAGGCAGAUUUGCCUGUGGGAGCCGCUCGGCUCUGCUCAGGGGCUCGCCGCUCCUUCUUCUGCCGAAUGAAGUACAACAAAGUCACUGUUAAAGAAGAAAAGGACUUCCAGGCGGGCUCUUCCAAAAAGAAAGAAUCUCAGCGAUAUUGCACGGUUCACUGCACCGGCUACAUGCGCACCUGGCCCACCAGCCAGCUUGGCACAGAGGGUGAGGCUGAGGCCGACAAAGACAGCUCGCACUUCAGCUGCCUGGUGGCCAUAGGUCGUGUGCACCCCCACACCGUCCCCCAGGCCAACGGAGAGGUCAAGGUCAAGCCCACAGAGUUUGUCACUCGCUGUGCCAUGGAUGGCAAAUUCACCUUUGUGGAUCAACGAGCCACCACCGUUCUUGGCUACCUGCCUCAGGAGCUGCUAGGCACAUCCUGCUAUGAAUACUUCCAUCAAGACGACCUGCCUCAUUUGGCAGAGAGACAUCGAAAAGUGCUGAGAAGUAAAGAGAAGAUUGAGACAAAUUGCUACAAGUUUAAAACGAAAUACGGCUCUUUUGUCACCUUGCAAAGUCAGUGGUUUAGUUUUAUAAAUCCCUGGACCAAAGAAGUAGAAUACAUAGUGUCAACAAACACAGUCAUAUCUGGUAAGAGUAAUCCAGGUGGAUCAGGGGACAAGUCAGAACAGCCUGUUGAUUCCAAGGCCCUGAAGUGAAUCUCUACUGUUUUCACCUCAUCAGAUGAUGGUAAGAAGUCCCUACCCAUCAUCCCAGGGAUCUCCAAUGCCUCAGGCACAAUGAUAUAUGCUGGAAGCAUUGGGACCCAAAUUGCUAAUGAGCUAUUAGACUUCAAUAGGAUGAACUCCUCCCCAUCCAGUGGCAAUGCCAGCCCCUUCAGUCUGCUUCAGGACAAGUCUCCACUGGCCCUCACGCAAGCUAGCAGCAAUGUGCCAAAUGGGGAAGCAACAGAUGUGGAGAUCCCCGGCAAAUCGAGUUCGGAGGAUGACGCACGAAGCGGACCCUUUGCAACAGGCGAAAAUGUCUUGGAGGGAAGCUCUCAGUUGGAUCUUGAGGGGGUUCCAGGGCUGGGAAGCCUGAGCAGUGACGAAGCUGCAAUGGCCGUCAUAAUGAGCCUGCUGGAGACUGACGCCAACUUGGGCGAGGCUGUGGACUUUGACGAGAUGCAUUGGUCUCUCUAACCUCACGGCUCCAAUGUCUUUCUAUUUUUCUUUUUCUUUCUUUUUUUUUUUUUCUUUUUUGGAAAAAAAAAACUUUUUAUUUCAUGAUGGUCUUUUGUUUUUAAAACAAACCUUCCAUUGCUGGCAGAUCAUCUACAUUCUCUGGCUUCUAGACAUUUUUAAUUUAUGCUCUUGUGAAAGACACAGCAAGUCCUCCGAUGAUUCCUCAGUGGAAGUGAAUGGGAUCCACAGUAAAGGACACCUCCAAACUCUCAUGUUAUCCUUUUUUCUUAUUCUCUGUCUAUCUUCCAGCAGGAUGAUCAGCAAGGGUCUGCUUGAGGAAGCUGAGUACCUUAAGCAACAAGACCAGAUUUUAUUGGUCUGCUGUGCAUUUCUCUUCUCUGAGGACGCAGAUUGAGGGACAAUUGUUGGCCCCACUCUCCUGUGCUGAGAAAAGCAUGCCUCAGCCAAGCCAUAAAGCAAGUACCCAAACAGUCCACUGUUCUUCAGUGGAUGAAGGGACUUUUUUUGUAAUGUCCUUAGAUGUUCUUCACUUGAACUAUGUAUGGAGCUUUUUAAGGCAAAACCGCACUGAAAAUUUUUAACAGGAUUCCUACAUCUUUAAGGAGUCAAGGGAAGCCUGACAGUUAUUGCUCUUGUAAGCAGAAAAAGUAUGUUUUGUGCUGAACCAGAACAACAUGGGGAUGAAGAGGCAGGCUUGUGGUCAUUUGUCAAAUAGAAGGACUUUGCAGGGAGAUCUGAAUUGGCAUUGGGGCCUGAAUACUUUCCCCCCACCUCCUUUGGUCUCAAAACCUGUGAACUUUUGUUUUAUUUGACCUUGGUUUAUACUUGCACAUCUGCAUUCAGUGGUGUUUUUUAAAAGCUAGUGAAUGGGGUCUA